CCCUUCUUCUUCUUUUUUCUUUCUUUCUUUCUUUAUUCUAAUGAAAAACAAGCACCAUUCGUUUCAUGGCUGUCCACUUCGAUCUUCUUCUUUAUUGAUCAUCAAUAAGCAAAACAAAACCAUCGUCACAGCCACAGAUGAGGUGUUUGAUAUGCUCGGUUAUGAACCUCAUCAUUUAAUAGGCCAAUCCAUUCAUUUACUUCAGCCUCAACAAGGCAUACACCACUCCGCACUAAAUCAUGGCUCGCUCGGGCAAAUUCCUUUUGACAUAUGCAUACAUCAUGACCCACUCUGUCAGCGAGGCAACUUAGACUACUGGCUUAUUCGUCCAACCACAGCACUCACUACAUCUUCUUCAUUUACUAUCCUACAAACAAACCAAUUUGGUACCAUUGAUCAGGCACAUGCUUCACCUGAAUUCCCUCAGAUGCCACAUGAAUUAGUAGGACAUCCUAUCAUGUCAUUUGUGCAUCAAGAAGAUGUUAGAUUACUUUGCGACAAGUUCAGUCAAAUUCAGCGACUGCCAAUCAGCAGUUUUCAGGUUCGUUGGUUAAGACAGCAUCCAAAAUACAAUCACCAAGCGUUUGAUUGGGUUUCUUUGAUGGUGAUACAGAUUGGACGAGUGGGUGAUCCACAAACACGGCCAAUUUGCAUCAUUCGACCUGUGAAUAAGCCAAGGCAGGUCUCGUUUGACGAUUCGAUAUGUUUACAUUUGAUUCAAUGGUUUAUGACACAAACAAAAAACGGUAUGAAUGGCAUCUACCAUACAAUAGAAGCGAUACAUAUUGCUUUGGAUCAAGGCAAGGUAUAUCUGCUUGAAUUUCUAGCGCAUGCAAUGACGAGUAUGAUCAGCCUAACAGACGAUCUUAUGCAACAUUAUGUAGGCAUUGAGGAGGAUGAACACGUAUAUAAAGAUGCUCUAUCCAAUCAUCACAAGUACAUGCCACGUAAAGAAAGGAGAAGAAGAAAAAAGAAAGCUUGCCAUGAUAGUCUUUGUAUGUCUAUCAAGGUCUCUAUUGACAACUAUAUUUGGUCUGUACCCCUCUUUGUUCAUCAUAAACCCUAUGCUCCAAAAAACAAGGCACUUUGUAUGCCUGAAUAAUCCAUGCUAUUCCCUUUCUUCUAUGAUUUAUACUAUACUAUGCUGAUUUUAUAUGCUCCUUCUCUUAGAUAAGUCUUCUCUUUAUGUUGAUGAUGACAUAUGAUUUUAUACAAAAAGUGCGUCAUAAUCUUUCAUAUAAAUCUAAACGCGUCCUUUUUUUUUUA